AUGACGUCGCCGAUCUAUGCCACCACUACCACCACCACAACCACAACAACUACAACAACUAUAAUAUCAAGCAUUCUCUCAUCUUCACCUCCACCUCCACCAGCAGCAUCUCAAGCGUGGGAAAUCAUACAACAAACAAUAGCCCAAAAUGUCUUGUACUUCUUGAACCUAUUGGAAGCGUUUCCAGGUGGUCAAAUUAUCGUAAGGUACAUCAAGUCAUCUUACCAAAACGAUCCAGUGAGAUCUCUUUUUGAAUAUUGCUUAUUCAUAUUUGCAUUGACGUAUUUCUUCACGUCGAAAAAGAAGGAGAACAAGUCGGAAUUUGUCAAGUUUUCCAAACUGGAGAUUGAUGAACUUUGCGACGAAUGGGUGCCUGAACCUUUGGUUGAGGCAAUUACUGACUUGGAAGCUUGGAGAAUCAGGGCCAUCCCAGAAGUCAAAGGGUUCAAUGGUUCACAUAUUGAGCUCGUCAACCCAGACUUUGAGGAAAUUUGUCAUGACUCGCUGGUUGUCAAUCUCGUGAAGCAAGAUUUCCUUGAUUUGAACAGUAAUACAAACAUAAAGCAAGCUGCAAAGACGGAAAUUGAAUUUGCGGGUGUUGGUGCUUGUGGACCCCCAAACUUUUAUGGAACCCAAGAUGUUCAUGUCAGAUUGGAGGAGGACUUGGCCAAGUAUUUGGGUACUGAUCAGGCUAUCAUUUAUGGUCAAGAUUUUGUCACUGCCAGUUCUGUUCUUCCUGCUUAUUUGAAAAGAGGCGAUUUAUGCGUUGUUGAUAGAAAUGUGAACCUUGCUAUCCAAAAGGCCUUGAUUGUUAGUCGUGUGGAUAUUGAAUGGUAUGACCACAAUGAUAUGGAACAUUUGGAACAGAUUUUGACCCAGUUGAAGCCAAUUUUGGAUAAACAAAAACCACUCAGGAGGAGAUUCAUUAUCACUGAGGGACUCUUUGCAAAUACUGGAGACCUUGCCAAUUUACCCAAGAUUGUUGAGUUGAAAAAUAAGUUCAAGUACAGAUUGUUUUUGGAUGAAUCGUUAUCGAUUGGAGUUUUGGGAAGUACUGGUAAAGGUUUAACUGAACAUUAUGGAAUUUCAAGAGAUGAAGUUUCAAUAACCAUUGGGUCAAUGGCAAAUUCUUUUGCCUCAUCUGGAGGGUUUUGUGUUGGUGUUGAAGUGAUGAUUCACCAUCAAAGAAUCUCAUCAAAUGCAUAUGUCUUUAGUGCUUCUUUGCCUCCAUAUUCGGCCAAAGUUACAUCGCAAGCUAUCAAAGAAAUCAAUAUUCUUGAACCAAAGACUGGGAAAUCAAAGCUCAUGACUCAACUUCACCAAAAGACAAUUUUCGCCUACGAUGCACUUCUAUCAGGGUUGAAGGAUGUGCCAAUGACCAUUACCUCUGUGCCACAAUCACCCAUGAUUCAUUUGACAUUCACUGACGAGUACAGAUUGCAAUUAAACUUGCCUUUACUCUAUGGGAACUCGACAUUUGUCACCAAGGGGAAACCAGCCAAGUUCCUGAACCCUUUUGAUGAAUAUUUGAACCUUGAAAGUUUUAUGUUGCAAAAGAUCAUCGACUAUGUAUUAAAACAGGGCAAAAUCUUGUUGACAAGAAGCAAACUUAUUUUGGAGCACGAGGAUUUACCUGUUUUGCCACCACAGUUACUUGUCAACGUCAAUGUUGGUGUUUCAGAAGAAGAGUUGAAAAGGUUGGCUGAAAUAUUACCAGAGGCAAUUGACGCUGUUGUGUCAAGUGUAACUAAUGAGGAUGAACUUUUUGAGUUGACUAAUGAACUCAUCAACUAUUGA